UCAUGUACUCUGGGUGGGGAGGGGCUCGGGUGCGGGCUACGCUGUUUGUCCUCUUCGCGACCCCGUAGUGACGGGAUUGUUGUGGUGUUGCAAAAAUCUGACUUUCGAAUAAGGCUUGAGUGCCUCUCCGGCUCCCGGGAAACUUGUUGCAGUUUCUGAAGGCAAGGGCGAAUCUCUAAGAUUCAGUCAGUGCCGGACCUUAUCUCUUGGGUAACGAAGACAUGUCGCCGGCUCCAGCUUCCCCGCCAGUACCUGUGUCGGUCUCCCUGUUUGACCUCACCGCGGAUGCUCCAAUCCUUCGGGGCCUGAGCCUGAGGAGCCAGGAUCCCAGGGAAGCUCUGGCUCGGGCUCUGCCUACUUCCUGUCCAGGUUCAGGGGAGAAAGCAAGCCCAGAAAGAAAAGUACUCCAGGCUCCUCCUGAUAGUUCGGAGAAGUUAUUUUGUUCAGCCUGUAACCAGAGCUUCCAGCACCACCAGGAACAGAGAGAACAUUAUAAGCUUGACUGGCAUCGCUUUAAUCUGAAGCAACGUCUCAAGGACAAGCCUCUUCUGUCUGCCCUGGACUUUGAAAAGCAGAGCUGCACAGGAGAUCUUUCCAGCAUCUCAGGAUCAGAAGACUCAGACUCGGCCAGUGAAGAGGAUUUACCCACGCAGGGCGAGAAGAGGGCUGAAUGUGAGAGGCCUAACCGACCUCGAGGCUUUUACCCUCAUCGGGUUAUUUUCCAGAAUGCCCAGGGCCAAUUUCUUCAAGCUUACCGCUGUGUCCUAGGUCCUCACCAGCUUCCCCCAGAUGAGGCAAAAUUGCUGCUACAGAGCCUGCAAAAUGGAGGUCCAAGACACUGUGUGGUGCUCAUGGCUGCAGCUGGGCAUUUUGCUGGUGCCAUUUUUCAAGGAAGAGAAGUGGUAACACAUAAAACCUUUCACCGAUACACUGUGCGGGCCAAGCGGGGUACAGCCCAGGGUCUUCGGGAUGCCCAGGGUAGGCCAUCUUGCUCUGCCGGAGCCAACCUGAGGCGUUACAAUGAAGCCACACUGUAUAAGGAUGUUCGUGACCUGCUGACAGGGCCAGGCUGGGCUGAAGCUCUGGAGGAGGCCAGGAUAAUACUGCUGCGUGCCCCCCGUUCUGGUCGGUCCUUGUUCUUCGGAGGCCAUGGAGCACCACUGCAAAGGGAGGAUCCUCGACUUUGGGAUAUCCCUCUCCCCACCCGCAGACCCACCUUCCAAGAGCUCCAGAGGGUGUUCUAUAAGCUGACCACUUUGCAUGUCUAUGAGAACUCUCCGGAAACAGUCAGGUUGCACUCACCUCAGGCACACUGGAAAACAGUGAGAAAGGAGAGGAAGAAGCCAACUGAAGAAGAAAGAAAAAGAGUCCUGAGCAAUGAAAAUGAGGAGCUUGGACAGAAUGGAGAAUCACCUAAACAGGGUUCAGGGUCGGAAGACGAGGAUGGAUCCCAGGUAGAGUUGGAGUUAGUGGAGCUGACACUGGGAACCCUGGACCUUCGUGAGUUUGAAGUAUUGCCCAAAAGGAGGAGGAGAAAAAGGAAUAAAGAGAAAACACAAGACCAUGACGCUAGGGCAUGUAUGACUCUUAAUCAGCAACCCCAAGAAGAUGAGCCCAUUUCAUCAGCUCAGUCAACCCAGGUGGUUGCAGCCCCCUUGGGGUCCUCAGUGAAUGAGACAAAGGCCCCUGGUCAGCCAGAACUCUGGGAUGUGCUUCUAGCUGCUUGCCGAGCUGGAGAUGUUGGAAAGCUGAAGCUCCAGCUAACUGCUGAGGCUUUAGCCACUGAAGCUAUGUCUCUACUCAAUGCCCCCUUGGGUGCUGGUAGCCAUACCCUUUUGCAUGCAGCAGCUGCAGCUGGAAGAGGCUCAGUGGUUCGGCUGCUGCUGGAGGCAGGAGCUGAUCCUACUAUGCAGGACUCCCGGGCCCGGCCACCUUAUACUGUGGCAGCUGACAAAUCAACACGAAAUGAGUUCCGAAGGUUCAUGGGGAGGAAUCCAGAUGCUUAUGAUUACGACAAGGCUCAGGUGCCGGGACCACUGACCCCAGAAAUGGAAGCACGGCAGGCUACACGGAAGAGGGAGAAGAAGGCAGCCCGGCGGCAGCGAGAGGAGCAGCAGCAGAAGCAGCAGGAGCAGGAAGAACAGGAACAAGAAGAGCAGCGCCGAUUUGCUGCGCUCAGUGACCGAGAGAAGAGAGCCCUGGCUGCAGAGCGCCGGCUUGCUGCCCAGUUAGGGGUCCCUGCCCCGCCAGUCCCUGACUCCGAGGUCGCCAAUGCUCGACGCUGCUGGAAUUGCGGGGCAUCGCUCCAAGGCCUCGUUCCCUUUCACUACCUCGACUUCUCUUUCUGCUCCACACGUUGCCUCCGGGAUCAUCGCUUUCAGGCAGGAAGGCCCUCUUCCUGAUCAUUCACAGCUCUACCUGGGCCCAGCUUGAGAGGACACAUUUGCACCAGUCCUAGCUUUCUUCUUCCCAAGACACCAGACAGUAGUUGAAAGAGCAGGGUAAGGAAUGUACAGGAACCAGGGCAAAGACAGGGCCACAGGGGUGUAUGGAGUUGGUACUGUCUCUGGUCUUUAAUCACAAUAAAGUUUGGCAAGGAAA